GCUUUUUUUUUUCUUCUUCUUUUUGGUUGUUGGGGGAUUUUUUUAUUUUAUUUUUAUUUUUUAAUAACAUACCGACUGAGGAUCUGCGAGACGCGCAAGGAUGCACUUGUUGUCCGCCAGCUGCGUGUGCGCCCUCCUCGCCGUCGCCACCACCGCGCUGUUCCGCCAAGUUGCCGGUUUGGAGACAGUUAGCGGCCUGUAUGGGGAAACACUGGAGAUCCCGUGCCACAACGGAGCCAUACAGGAAGACGAUGUACUCAUCACUAAAUGGAAAUAUGACAAAGGAGAGGGACUUCCAGGAGACCUGCUGGUCAAGCAGAAAAACCACAACGUUUUAAUCAGCGCCACCGACGAAUACAAAGACCGCGUGAGCAUGGCGGCCAACUCCAGCCUGCUGCUCUCCGCGGCCAAGCUGAGCGACCAGCGGACGUUCACCUGCAUGGUGGUGGCCCACUUGGACAUCAGGGAGUACCCGAUUAACGUGGUCAUCUACAAGUCACCGGAAGGCCUGGAGAUUUCUGACCAAGCAGAGGCGCUGGAGAUUGGCAAACCUACCAAGCUCGGAACAUGUGUUGCGAAAGACGCCAGCCCGGCUGCAAACAUCACGUGGUUGAAGAACAACAAACCUCUGGUGGCUGAUGGCAAAGGGAUUUCCAUUGAACCCACCGUGCUGGUCGACCCUAUUACCGGCCUCUCGACCACAACCUCCACACUGGUGUAUUCUGCCGAGAAGGAAGACACAGAUGCCCAGUUCACCUGCAGCACUCAGCCCACCGUGGGCUCAGAGCUUGUGUCCUCUCCGGUGACCCUCACUAUCACUUAUUCCACAGAGAACAUUGUCCUUCAGGUCAUUGCUCAGGAGCCUCUUGUAGAAGGAGACAACGUGACUCUGAAGUGUGUCGCAGAUGGAAAUCCGGCGCCCACCAGCUUUAACUUUCACCUUCAGGAAGAAACGGUGACAGUGGAAAACUCCAAUACUUACACCAUCAGGAAUGUGUCACGUGAAACCAGCGGUGAAUACAAAUGUUCUCUAAUUGAUGACCCCUUGAUGGAGGCUUCCAAGGACGUCACAGUCAACUACCUAGACAUCAAUUUAAGCCCCUCUGGGAACAUCGUCGAGCGUGUUGGCGAGGCCCUGGAUCUAACUCUCCAGAUUGAUUCUUCCGGAGAAUCAAAGGUCUUCUGGACAAAGGAUAACAUUAUGCUGGACAAGGAGCCCAAGUUUGCCGCGCUCACUUACUCCGACUCCGGUAGCUACGAGUGCGAGGUGACGAUGGGGCUCCUCAGCCGAAAAGCCUCUUUUGACCUGAUUGUGGAAGGUGCUCCGGUUAUCAAACAGCUUUCCAAACACCGCGGCGAAGACGGCCAACAUAAAGUCCUAAUUUGUGAGGCCGAAGGGUCCCCGAAGCCAGCUGUUUCCUGGAGCAUCAAUGGCACCUUGCUCGAUGAGAGUCCCUUCAUCAACGGAAAGAUCACACACAAGAUCACGGUUGUGCCCUCCGCAAAUCUAACCGUCUCUUGUACAGUGACCAAUGACUUUGGCACUGAUACCAGAGCUAUUAAUGUGUCAUCUUUAAUUGAGGAGGUGAGAAUGGAUAAACGAGACCAGUCGGAUGACAGCGACCAAACCAAGCUGGUGGUUGGAGUUGUGGUCGGGCUCCUCAUCGCCACUUUGGUUAUAGGCCUGGCGUACUGGGUCUACAUGAAGAAAUCCAAGCAGGGAAGCUGGAAGACUGGUGAAAAGGAAAACGGGUCUUCUGAGGAGGAGAAAAAACUGGAGGAGAAAGUGGAGGAGAACAGCCAAAAAGCUGAGGUGUAAAGAAACCGCAACCGCAUUCUUGAAAUGGGGAAGUGAAAGUGAGAACACAGAACUUUUGCACAUUUCUCUUCACCUCUGUCUUUUUUUUUUGGGAGGGGGGAAGGGGGAAAAGUGUACAUUGGGAUGAAGACAGUUUGGAUUUGGUUUCAGGGAGAAUUUUACUAAAAUGCAUAUCCAAACAUUUCCCCCGAGCCCAUCGACCCCUCACCCUGCCAUUCCUAAAGAAAAAAAAGAAAAAAAAAAGAAAAGAAUGGAUACUGUAUGCGAUAUACAUAACUUGUCUGCACUACUGAUGUAAACUCGUCUACUAUUAGGAUUCAUGUUUGUUAGAAUGGAAUUUGGGAAAACUGAGAAAAAUGCAAAUCUUUGGUUUUGUUAGUCGAUGCAAGUAAAAUUACUACUAGACCAGUUGCCUUUGCUGUAAGGAUGUGUAGGCCUGCAUUAGUCUGUGUUUGACUCUUUGUCCCUCGUAACAGGGACCGGGAGACCAUUAUCGCUUCUUAGAUUCACGCCAUGACAGUCAAACGACCUCUGCCUUCGACAUCUGUACACUGUUCAUUUGUUUCGGUUUGUUCAUUCAAAAAAAAGAAAGAAAAAAAAAAAAGUUGAAGAUGAAAGGAAAUCCCCGAAAGGGCUAAGGGUAUGUUGUUAUACUCAGCGUUAGUUAUAGGUGGUAAUAUGAUUUUCAUGUUGCAGGAAGUAGGUGAGUUCUUUGGUGUUACAUGAUUUUUAUUUUUUAUUUUUGUGUGUGUGUUUGUUUUCGUUCUUUGAUUGUGUGUAACCAGGAGAGAAAAUGACAGAAACUCAGCUCAUUUUGCCUUUUUGAUUUUAUUUUGUUUCAAAUGUACUGUACAUUCGACAUAACCACUGUACUACACAAGCGGGUAGAUUACUGGCAGAAUGUAUAGCACAAUACAGCUCUUUUUCUUUCUCUGGCUUUAGGUUGACUGCUCUCGUUCUGCAUUAAAAGCCAUUUACUUUUUUAUUUUCACGCUUCUCCCAAGGAAAUGUCCUUGAGCCUGUAGUAACGAAAGGAUAUUUUUAGUUCAACUGUCAGGACUGUAAAGUUUGUGCUCCAUCAGUGUUGGAAGUAUGAUUGUUUAUUAUGUAGCUAAGGUAUAAUUUUGUAAUCCAGGACACCCGAGUUGACAGGAUGUUUGUCUCAAAGUAGCCUUUAUGAUAUGUUUGCCUUCUUUUGAAAAUCUACCUGUAACUGCUUCAGUUUGUGAUGUGCACUAGGGUUCAUGUUUCAUGUCAAACUUGUGUAGAAUACGAUGGAAUACGUGCAGCUGUACAUGUCACGAUUUUGGUCCGUUCAGAGCAUUUACUAAAUUUGAAAAAAUGUAUCAAGGCCAGGAAGUAGUUGUGAAGUAUGUGAUUUUAAUUUUCUUUUUUGCUAUUUAUACUGUACAAGAUUAAAUAUCCUGGUAGGCAAAUUCAAUAACUGUCACAUAACUCAUAUCUUGGAUUUAAGCCGUUGAUAAAUUGCUUGCAGAUUUUCCGAAAAUGUAAUUAAGUUCUGAGUCAUCAGUGGUUUGCUCAGCGUCUGGUUGAAUAAUAUAUUCGGCAUGUAAUAAUCUCAGACCUCCAAGCUGCUGUUUGUUGCCUACCUUGUGUAAAACCAUCAAAAUUGGAAGAAUGACCAAAGAAAGUGAACAUUGCCAUGCAAGUAUUGUAAAUAUCUGAUGUUUGUUUUUGUACUUUUGUUUAAAAUAAAGUGUACAUUUGGAAAAGUUACGCCCACUGAAUAUUAAUUAUGUUGUUAGUUUUUUCUUUCUGAUCAUCUUUUGAAAUAAAGAACACAGUUCAGAUCUUAA